GUCUCAUUGAAUAACCACAAAGCAAGCAGCAGCAUUUCUCUGGACUUUGAUACAUACAGUUCAUAAUCUUCUCGACAUCUUUGUACUUCAUGGCUCCAGCUGCAAUUUCUGAUAUCAAAGUUGGCCACAUUGAUGAUGUACAAGAACUGAGGAAGAGCAAAACAUCACAAAUCCCUGAAAGAUUUAUCCGGGACAGGACAGAAAGGCCAACUCUUGACUAUUCUUGCACAAACAUUCCUGUUGUUGAUUUGUCAAAACUUUUUCAAGGAAGCAAAGAUGAAUUCUGCAAUGAAAUACUGAACCUGAUGACUUCUUGCAAAGAGUGGGGAUUUUUCCAGGUGAUAAACCAUGGGAUUGAUUUGGAGUUGCUGGAAAGAAUAGAAAAGGUGGCCAUGGAGUUCUUCAUGAUGCCUUUGGAGGAGAAACAGAAGUAUCCCAUGAUUCCAGGGACUGUACAAGGAUAUGGUCAGGCUUUUGUCUUCUCAGAAGACCAGAAGUUGGAUUGGUGCAACAUGUUUGCACUUGGAUUGGAACCCCACUGCGUGAGGAACCCAAAACUCUGGCCAACUAAACCAUCUGAUUUCUGUGAAACUGUGGAGAUAUACUCAAGAGAAAUAAGGAAACUGUGCAAGAAUUUGCUCAAGUACAUAGCCAUAACCCUCAAUUUAAAUGAGGACAUUUUUGAGGAGAUGUUUGGUGUGGCUGUACAAGCAGUAAGGAUGAACUAUUAUCCAGCAUGCCCAAGACCGGACCUCGUUUUAGGCUUAAGCCCACAUUCUGAUGGGAGUGCCCUUACAGUUUUACAGCAGGGAAAGGGCAGUUCAAUUGGACUUCAAAUACUAAAAGACGGUAAAUGGAUACCGGUGCAGCCCGUUCCCAAUGCUCUAGUUAUCAAUAUUGGUGAUACCAUAGAGGUUCUAACAAAUGGGAGAUACAAGAGUGUGGAGCAUAGAGCAGUGACUCACAAGGAAAAAGACAGACUGUCAAUUGUUACUUUCUAUGCUCCAAGUUAUGAAAUAGAACUUGGGCCAAUAUCAGAACUGGUGGAUGACAAGAAUCCCUGCAAGUAUAGAAGGUACAAUCAUGGAGAGUACAGCAAACACUAUGUGACAAACAAGCUUCAGGGCAAGAAAACACUGGAAUUUGCAAAAAUCAAGAACUGAUUUCUCGUACAUUAGACUGGCUGAAACUUAGUAGACCUUAAGCUGUAAUAAUGUGUUAAGUUACUUUAUCAGGACCUGUUAACAUGAUGUAAUACAAUGCAACUUGUGCUCAUGUAUAUUCAUAGAAAAUAGUUGUAAUGUUUGGUAGUUUCUUGGAGUUUAAUGAUUAAUGGGAACAUGUGGGGCUGGUUAUUCUGUUAAAUAUUUGUGUCAAGAAUGUUCA